GGAAUACUGAUCCUGGCUGUGAUAAUGUAGAUACAACAUGAAGUUCUGGAUGGAGGUAUAUAACGACAGAGAACAUAGUUCCUCGAUCGAUCGUGGUUUUCAUGCUGAGUGCUUUGAUAUACCUUCUAUACAAUUUUCAUCUAACAGCAGUGAUGUUACAAAACGACAGCUACGGACACGGUCGCCAUGGAUACGAACAUAGAAUCAUGGGUUAUAGUUUUAGCAAUAAUUCUUCCCGUCGCAGUUCUUCUGUGUUUAACAGCAUUAGUUUAUUUUAAGAUCAAAGCAGCACGGAAAAGAACCAGGGAGAAUGAAGAUGUCAAAGAAAUGGAGAGCUUUAUGGAACACAAAACAAACCAGAAGAUUGGUGAGCAAUGCCAAAUCAAGGAUGAUAAAGCCGCUAAAACCAACCUGAACACUCUAAAAGACACUGAUUCUGAAAACAAAGAACGUCAAAUUAUACUGAAGCAAACUUUGGGAUUGAAUGAUGCUAAAAAUAGUAACAGGAUACGAAGCUUACGCGAACACACUUCUGAUAUCAGUUCAUUAGGAACGAAUGGCUACACUCCACUUCAUGAAGCUUGUCAAGUUGGUGAUGAUACCACUGUACAACAAUUUCUGAACAAUGGCGCCGACAUCAAUUUAUGUACCAAUAAAGGAUACAGUCCUCUCUUUAUAGCUUGUAGAAAAGGACAUGGCAGCACGGCACAACUUUUACUGAACAAUGGCGCCGAUAUCAAUUUAUGCGACAAUGAAGGUGAUACGCCGCUUCUUGUAGCUUGCCGGAAAGGACUUGAUAGUGUUGUGGAACUUUUACUAAACAAUGGCGCCGACAUCAAUGUAUGUGAAAAGGAAGGGGCCAGUUCGCUGUAUAUAGCUUCGGGGAAAGGUCAUUCUAGCAUGGUGCAAAUCUUAUUGAACAAUGGGGCUGAUAUCGAUUUGUGUGAAAACGAAGGAGGUAGCCCUCUUUUUAUAGCUAGUCAAGAAGGACAUGAGAGAACAACAGAACUCUUAUUGAACAAAGGUACCGACAUCAAUUUACGCACCAAGAAAGGUGUCAGUCCUCUUUAUAUAGCUUGUGGGAAAGGACGUGACAGCACGGUACAAUGUUUAUUGAACAAUGGCGUCGAUAUUAAUUUAUGUGAAAAGAAAGGAGCCAGUUCUCUUUUUAUCGCUUGUCAAAAAGGACAUGACAGAUCGAUACAAGUUUUAAUGAAUCAUGGCGCCGACAUGAAUUUAUGUACCAACAAAGGGGCCAGUCCUCUUCAUAUAGCCUGUGAAAAAGGACAUGGCAGUACGGCACAGCUUUUACUGAACAAUGGUGCCGAUAUCAAUUUAUGUGACAAAAGAGGUGAUACGCCGCUUCUUGUAGCUUGUCGGGAAGGACUUGAUAGUGUUGUGGAACUUUUACUAAACAAUGGCGCCGACAUCAAUGUAUGUGAAAAGGAAGGAGCCAGUCCUCUGUUUAUAGCUUCAGGGAAAGGACAUGAUAGCACUAUACAAAUUCUAUUGAACAAUGGGGCCGAUAUCAAUUUGUGUGACAAUGAAGGGGCCGGCCCUCUUUAUAUAGCUUGUGAAAUUGGACAUGAUGUCAUUGUACAGCAAUUACUGAACAAUGGCGCCAAUAUCAAUUUAUGUACUAAUAAAGGAGCCAGUCCACUUUAUAUAGCUUGUGGAAAAGGAAAUACCAGCACGGCACAAUGCUUAUUGAAGAAUGGAGCCGAUAUUAAUUUAUGUGAAAAUCAAGGAGGCAGCCCCCUUCAUAGAGCUUGCCAAGAAGGACAUGACAGCACGGCACAACUUUUAUUAAACCAUGGCACCGACAUCAAUCUAUGUACCAAUGAUGGAGCCAGUCCUCUUCAUAUAGCUUGUCGAAAGGGCCAUGACAGCUUGGUGCAACUUUUGAUGAAUAAUGGCGCCAUUGUCAAUCUUUGUACCAAUAAAGGUGUCAGUCCUCUCUUUAUAGCUUGUGGAAAAGGACAUGACAGCACUGUUAAACUUUUGCUGAACAAUGGCGCGGAUAACAAUUUAUAUACUGAGCAUGGAAUUAGCCCUCUUGGUAUUGCACGUAGAAAUAAACAUGGCGGUACUUUAAAAGUGUUACAGAGCAGUCUCGACGAUAAUGAUUUUAUAAGUGGCUGUUCGGUCAAACAGUUUGACUCUAUCAUUGGGAAAUGAAGACAACGAACAGCUACCAACCCCAUGAAUCCCACAAAGAAUACAAAAUAAGAGCAAGAACGGACUCCUUAGGUGGGACCAUGUGUCUAAGAGGAGUGUUAGCAUCCCCCGCAGACCGGUUACAUGUACCGCAAGUCCUUCUUCCCGACCAGGCUAACAGAGCAAUCCGUAGUUGAAACCAGAAUGUAAAGAACUGCUUAACAAUCGGAUCGAAAUACGUCGAACGGAAUUCCAUCCAACGACAUGGCGUUUUUACAAAUUUAGAUGAUAUGAUUUGCGUGUAUUCAAGAAUUCGACACAUGCUGUAAUAAACUAGUCAGAAAUCCA